CCCGCGGCGAUUGGGGCUCGUGCUUGACGGUGAUGCGCAGCUCGUGAAGCUUCAGACCAGAAAACGUCUGUUCAAAUAUCAAAGACCGAAGAUUAGCGGAAGAAACUGAAGGGGGCACUGUGAACAUGAAUCCCUCCGUCCCCCUCCCAUUGGUCCUCCUCCUCCUCCUCCUGAGUCCGGUCUCCUCUCAGACCGUCAACCCCUCUGUGGAGGAUUUGACCAAUAGGAACUCAGACUUCGCCACCCGAUUGUACCGAGCCGUCGCCAGCCGGACCGACGAUAACAUCUUCCUGUCUCCGUUCACGCUAUCCACCGGACUGAUGGCGCUGCUCAGUGCCACCAAUGGUCCGACCCAGGACCAACUGCUUCAAGGACUCACUUUGACCGGACUGGACCCAAAGACUCUCCCAGAUCUAUUUCAGACUCUGAGGACCGUCGUCCUGCAGGGGGGUGAAGCCAUGAACCUGCGGCAGGGCGUGGCCAUCCUCCCUGCUCAGAGCUUCCAGGUGUCCUCAUCUUACUUGGACCUGGUUCAGACGAAGUUCGGGGGAAACGCUCAGAGUCUGGCCUACACGGCACCGCAGGAAGCUGUCGACACCAUCAACCGCUGGGCCCGGGAGCAGACCGGAGACCAAGUCCAGGAGCUAGUGACCAACCUGGACCCUCAGACCCAGCUGCUGCUCGCCACCACCGCCUCGUACCAGUCCUUGUUCAGUCCGUCCUUCAACUCGUCCCUGUCCCAAGAUGAACGUUUCUACGUGGACAAGUAUCACGUCGUCAUGGUUACCAUGAUGUUUAGGGCCGAUAAGUACUUCCUGGCAUACGACCACUCAGUGAAGGUCGGUGUGUUGAAGCUGCCGAUGAGGAACGGGAUGGCAAUGUUAGUCAUAUUGCCUGAUGAAGACGUGGACGUCGCCACCGUUGAAGAAGAAGUGACGGCCGAGAAGAUCCAGGCCUGGAUCAAACAGCUUAAAAAGACGAAGUUGGAGGUGCAGCUUCCUCGCUUCCUGUUGGAGCGUUCCUACUCGCUGAAGGACGUCCUGGAGACUCUUAACAUCACUCAGGUGUUUCAGGAGGAUGCUGACAUCACCAACAUGGGCGGGGCUAAAGGACCAAGACUCUCACAAGUUUUCCAUAAAUCUACUAUCUCCGUUGAUGACCGCAGCGAUGACAUCGCUGCAGGGGGCAGAGUCAGUGUGUUCGCCACCCUUCCCCCUCGACUGACCAUCAACAGACCCUUCAUCUUCAUCAUCUACCAGCAGAACACCGGCAGCCUGCUGUUCAUGGGCCGAGUGGUCGACCCCACCAAGAAAUAAUCACUAGUUUACUUGAAAGGUAACUAAGCCAUGCCCACCUGAGUCACACCUAUUAAUCUUUAAGUUUUAACAGUUGAAAAUGAUAACAUGGCAGGUUUAUUAUGUUCCAAUGUUAUUAUCAGUGUUUAAUACAAUAGCAGCUCUUGUGUUUCCCAACCUGAGGGUCAGGAUCCCCCAAGGCCUCGCAAAAUAAAUCUAAACGGUUCUGAGAUGAUUAACAGGAAAACUGUGAAAGUGUUUAUGAUGCACAAAGUUACAUUUACUUUUUCAGACAUUCCUCUGAGCGCUGCUGUUUUAUCCACACUAGCCUCAGGUUUCUACAGAUGGUAUUACCAUUCUGACUUUUCCUCUAGCACCGUCAACAGGUCUGUGUUUUAAUUUGUUCAAUUAUUUGGUUUAUGACCAAAUAGCUGCUUAACUAGUGACAUUCCCAUCAGCCUCAGCUGAAUGCUGUGUUUACUGCUAAUUAGCUAACUUUAGCAUUGUAACAUGCAAAUCUAAGGUGGUGAACAUGGUAAAUAUCAGCUGAUGUUGGCAUUUAGCUUAAAGCACAGCAGUAAACUCAUAGUCUGGUUUACUUGAGAAUGAAUGAGAAUUGUAUUUUUUUUUCUCUUCAGACAUUUGAAAAUUAAUGAAUUAGAAUUCAAAGGGAUAAAAAAUCAUUGUAUGGUUGUUAUAAGUUACAGACAUAUUCAACCAGUGACGAGAGGUCACAAGUCGACGCUGCUUCAUUUUAAAAGGUCAAAUACUAUAAAGGUUGGGAAAUUCUGAGGUGUCAUGGAGGGAACAAAUCUAAUUUGAGUGCACAUUUGAUCAUAACAUUCCCUUCAGUCUCUCACCUCGGAUGUCUUUGAUUUAAUACAGCUUGAUGUUGGACUCAGAAUUAUUGAUUUACUUUUUCGUGUUAACUUUGUGAUAAAUCAAACAUAUUUUAUUGUUUCACUGAAAAAUUGUGUCUCCUGAGAGCAGGAAAUGUUCUGUAAUUCUGCCACAAGACUGUACAACUAAAGAUUGUUUUUAUUACGAAAACAUCACACAAAGUUAUCCAGUGCAUCAAGCUUCAGCUGACUGAAUGCACCAAACACUGCACUCUGCAGGGGGGAGGAGAUAAAAUAUAGAAUAUUUGAUGAUAUAGAAUGUAGAAUAUUUAAUGAUAUUAAAUCAGAGUGAACAUAUUACUUCUUGUACUCCAUACCCCCAAAUUGCAAGGCGAUGUCACCAUGUAGGAGUAAAACUACAAACUGUUACUACUACUCCCUGUAGUAAUCUAUUAGUUCUGGUAGUGUUGAUGAGUGCUUGGGGUGAACAUGAAGCUUUAAGCCACUGAUGAAGUAAUCAAAACCAGAGUUACAGAUGUAACUAACGCUCUGAGUCCUGGAUGACUGACAGGUGUGUUUUGUUGACUUUAACAUAUUUGAAUGAUCUGAUACAGACUGACAAUUAAAACACUAACUGAUGACAUCCCAUCAGCCUCAGCUAGACUUUGUGUUUCAGCUAAUUAGCAUGUUAGCAUGAAAGCAAACUAUCAUGCCAUAUGUGCUGUAUAUAGUUUAUGAUUGAAAACAUACUGUACUUUUGUUGCUUUACUGUUUAAAUAUACGCACUGUUAUAAACAUGCGUGACACCUGCAGUAUAUCAUCACUGUAAAAUAUUAAACGUUAAAAUACAUCACUUUUUCCAGCGGCGUUUUGUGGCUCUCAUGUAUUCACAAACAUUAAAAACUCACCAACAUGACACACGAUGUCAUGUUGUCAUUGACAAACCUCAUCAAUCACAUAUUCCCACCCAAUCAACAGGCAGAACACCACAUCUCUUCUUGUAAAGGUAAUCUGAUUCCUGAGCAGGAAUGGCAGUUUAAACUAAACUAAAAACAAUCAAUUUCAAAAAACAAUACAUUUUUAUAGAGUUUUUAAAAAGACAGUCGGACCAAAGCUCAGAGAGUGUACAUGAUGAUUUAAAAGCUGACCUCUGCUGAUACAUUAGUUAUCUUUACUGACUGCACCUUUAAUCAUAUACCAUAAUCAAUCAGCAUACUGGGUACAUUUCUGUCUGAUGAAUCAUGACCUGAUGACCCGAUGGGAUUUCAUGCUGACAUCAUCAGCCAUGACCCCAUGACACCGGCACAGCUGCAGGUUUCAGAGCUCAGUGCAUGCUGGGAAACGCCUGGCUGUGACUGAUCUGAGUGCUGGUUGGUUCGGUUUUAUUGAAACUCUUCAUCUUCUGUUAAACUGUAAAUAUUACAUAUUACAUUUUAUCAGUCUGAAGUUUAAUUGUUUUUACACAGUAAAUGUUGUGACAGCUUUUAUAACAGAACCUCAGUUACCUAAUUGUCAUAUUGACACAAAGCUUGAGAUAACAAGUGGCACUAGAGGAUUAUUAAAAUAACAUCUGUACAGAUGUUUUAUCCCUGACAGAUUUUAGUCUGACAGAUUAAUGAUGGAAAUU